UACGGCAACACUGGCCGGCAAGCCGCUCGCAACCGCCAUUUUGCCCGUCUUCCUGCCACCGCUUGACGCUCGUGUGUUCGUUGAUGAGGUGGAACAUCAAGAGCGCGUAAGGUUUCGCGCCCAAGCUCCCAGGCUUUUCCACAUUGAAUUGCGGCCUCAAGGAACGGCCUCACCAUGAAUUACGGCCGGGCACCGCCGCAGAUCGACGGCAUGACGUCGUUGAAGGUGGACAACCUCACGUAUCGCACCACGCCGGAGGACCUGAAGCGGGUCUUCGAAAAGUACGGGGACGUCGGUGACGUCUACAUACCGCGGCAUCCCUACACACGUGAAAGCCGUGGAUUCGCCUUCGUGCGAUUCUACGACAAACGCGACUGCGAGGACGCCAUGGACUCGCUGGACGGCUACAUCCUGGACGGCCGCGAACUGCGCGUCCAAAUGGCGCGCUAUGGGCGGCCAUCGGACCCGUACCGCCAGUCGUCGUCGCGAAACGUCAGACCGAGCCGCCGUUCCCGUUCGAGGUCGAGGAGCCGUGGUCGCCGGUCCAGGAGCCGACGACGUUCAUCAUCUAGAAGCCGUAGGCGGUCCAGGAGCCGGUCCCGGCAUCGCCAGUCAACCUCUCGCAGGUCCAGGAGUCGUUCAAAGGAGCGCAGGCGUUCCCGCAGCCGCUCUCACAAGAGCCGGAGCCGAUCCAGGGAUCGUCGCAAGAGUCGCAGCAAGUCCAGGGAUCGCAGUCGUAGCCGUUCUCGAAACCGUGAAGUUAAAAGGAGUCGUUCCAAGUCGAGGAACAGAAGUCGCUCAAAAUCCAGAGAUCGUAGCCGAUCAAAGGAACGUGGAGUAAAAUCGAAGCGACGCAGCCGAUCAAAGUCAAAGGGUCGUCGCAGUCGGUCGAAGUCCAAGGAACGUAGUCGUUCCAAGUCCAAGGAACGUAGUCGUUCCAAGUCUAAGGAACGAAGCCGAUCAAAGACGAAGGAUCACCGCUCCAAUUCUGGCGAACGCAGCCACAGCAAAGAUCGCAGCCGAUCCAAAUCCAAGGAACAUGGCGAAAGCCAACACAAGAGCCGAUCAAGGUCUGCAGAACGUGGUCAGAGCCAGCGACGGAGCCGGUCCAAGUCCAAGGAACACAGUCGCUCAAACUCCAGAGACCGCAGCCGAUCCCGGGGCAACAGUCGCAGCCAGUCCAAGGAACGCAGCGAUGCCAAGUCACGUCGAAGCCGCAGCAGAAGCCUCCAUGACGGCAAGCAGCGAGAUCGCAGCCGUAGUCGAUCCCACAACGGAGAUGGCCGCAGCCCAUCACAGAGCCCAAGAAAGGUGGCUGAUGAAAGGGCUGAUUCGAGGUCACGGUCAAGGUCACGCAGCCCGGGAGAUAAGCACAGUUCACCGCCUCCAGAUCCAGCAGAGUCCAACGGCGAUCAUGAGAUGCGCUCACCUGAACGAGACCGCCGCUCUCGGUCCAAAUCGCAGGACUCCGACUGAGACAUGUGAGAAUUGUCUUGUGCUGUUUUGCACCUCGGAGGAGAGAAAGCAUGUUACUCUCAGCCCUGCCUUGAAAAUAUGUUAAUCUUAUAUAUUUGCUCCCUUUCUUUGUCUACACUGCUUCAGAGAGCCUUUGAUUUUGGCAAGUAUGGCGUAAAUGUACUAGGUUUUUCUUUUUUUAAGUUGUUUGAAAGUUGACAGCGUUCUUGCAACAGAAAAAUCUGUAAACAUAGUCAGAUGGCUGAAAUUUUACGUUACUUUAUCUGCAACUGGCACAUGGAAUGUGCAUUUCUUCAUUAGUACCAUGUGGGGCCAUCAUUGGUUAAAAACUUGUUGCAUAGGUAAAUUUGAAAUUCAGUUCUACUUCUGGCAUUACAUAAUCAUAAGGCAUGAUGAACUUGUUCACUUUUUAUUUCACAAUUGGGGGGAUUUCCGUGCACAUUACAAAAAUUUGAUUUGGGCACACUGCAAGCGGGCACUUGGACAUUUUCUAUGGUGUUUUCUGUUCACCCGUAGCACAGUCACUGACAACUUUAGCCAGGUGUGUAGCUGAAUUCUGUAACAUGCUUAAUACCUCUGUUUUAUAGAUGUCUUGUGAUGAGUCUUGCAUGAUUGACAAGUUUUCAUUUUUGCUGUUAUUUUGGUUUACUGUUUGUAACUUUGUGCCUCUUGUGUGUGUAGUUGAGCGUUCUACACUGGACAUUCAUUUCAUUGCUACUGAGCCAACUGCCACUAUUGUGCCUCUGUAAGCACUCCUAUUAUUCUUUCCAUUUGCCUUGUAUCACAAUUUUGAAUUAAACUCUGUGGAACUGGAAA